CUCGUCAGAGCGUUUACAGGGGUUCACGUGUAAUUCGAAACCAACACACAAUUCAUCUUGUGAUAAGAGCGCAUUUCUGAUCGCUGCAAACCAAAGCUUCUGUCUUUUAUUAAUCGGUCAUUUGGAGAUUCAGAAACCAGAAUGUCCAGAACUGUCAUACCCAUGAACUCUUCAACGCUCGUCAUCCAGACACAACCGCUAACACAAUCAACACCUGUUACGACAAAUGCUCCUGUUUAUGAACAGCAGGUGGCAGGAGUUUCACCUCUUCAUGGACUUCAGGCAUUUCUCCAAGGCCAGCCGAAAGCCCUUGGGACGGUCCAGAUUAUGAUUGGUCUGCUGACUAUCCUGUUAGGCAUUGUGUCUACAGUUAGUGUUGGCUUUGUCCAUAGUGGAAUUCCUUACUGGGGAUCUGUCAUCUACAUUACUGCAGGCUCACUCUGCAUUGCUGCCGAAAAUAAGAUUAAUUUACCCUCCAGUUUGUGUUUGGUGAAUGCUUCACUUGGAAUGAACAUUUUCAGUACUAUAACCGCCGGCAUUGCCAUUAUUUUAGCCUCUCUGGGAUUGGUUAUAGGGCCAAACACUUCCUGCUAUGAUUAUGACUGUUAUUAUUUAGAAACAAAGUAUGAGAUUCUCUUCAGGGGAAUCAGAGGAGUGUUGCUGUUAUUCGCUGUGCUUGAGUUUAUCAUCUCCAUCUGUUUGUCAGCAUUUGCCUGUAAAGCCACUGGCUGCUGUUGUUCUCCUCAGGUGCAGUUUGCUCAAGUUCUUCCACCACAGCCCUGUGAUUUCAGGCCCAAUCAUUUCCACGAUCUCAACAGCUCAGAGGUGCAGUUUGCUCAAGUUCUUCCACCACAGCCCUGUGAUUUCAGGCCCAAUCAUUUCCACGAUCUCAACAGCUCAGAGGUGCAGUUUGCUCAAGUUUUAGCACCACAGCCAAAUGAUUUCCACGAUCUUAACAGCUCAGAGAUCCCUGUGGCCAGCUGCGCUUCCGUUCAUCAUCAUCUUGCAGAUGUUCCUCCACCAUACAAUGAAUUCAAAUAAACAUAAAUAAGUGGACAGUGUUCCCUUAUGAAACAAAUAUAUGGGAAUGCGUUGUAUAUUAAAUAAUGCUUUCCAUAUAUGGUAAACCAGUGCUUAUAUUUUUCGAUAUAUUGCAAACGCUGAUUUGAUGCAUAUAAAAUAAUACAUGGAAUUGUUUUAUUGAAACACCUGAUGCAUUCAUUCUGUAUGUAUUAUUUCAUAAAUUGUAAUAUACUAGCACAAUAUAUUAUUUAGUAUUUUUUCAGUAUGCAUAAAGCAGUUUAUUAAUGGCUAGUAUACCACAUAUUUUCUUUUUUCAAGGGUUGUGGUCCUGCACUAGUGUGUGAUGAUUUUGUGUAACACACUUGUUUUUCCUCUGUCCAUCUCUCAAUAUAAAAUAACAAUAUAAACCGAGAGUAUAGAAAAUCAUUCAAAAUAAUAGUCUCUUGACAUAAAAACAUAGGAAACAUGUGGCACUUAUAACACUUACAAAAUAUACAGUUUAAAUGUUAUGUACUGACUUCACAUCAAGGAGAAACAAAAUCCAGAAUUGUAUUCAAUUUAUACUCAAAUGCUUGUUUACACUACAUAGUAAUAAAGCAUUAUGAUCGUUAUAACCA